UAAACGAGAGAAGUUACUCCAUUUUUAAGCUUCCGUCGCGUGUGCAGCCUUAAUGGCCACUUUUAAAAAUGUAAAAAUAUAAACCCGUGCGAAGCCGGGACGGGCCGCUAGUCAUUAAUAUAAAAUUUCCGAUAGGAAUGGAAAACAUAAUUUCCAAAUAAUGAUACAUUAAACAAAAUUCAAUGACGGACGUAUGAUUUAUAUAUUCAGGUAGGUACAUAUCUUUAAUCGCGUGCGCAUGAUAUGCAAUAAAAUCGGAACUGAAGACCUCGGAAGGAAACGAGGAGUCCUUAAGUUUCUCAAUGGGAGGAAAUUCGCGGUACGUAGUAUCGAACGACGAACAGCGACGCCAGUGACGGCAUGCAAGUGGCUGGUUUAGCUGCAUGGCAUAGUGUAGCGGGCAGUAAUGAAGUGGCUAUCGCGAACUGCGCGCGCGCACCCCGGACGAUGCGCCUGCGCCGCUACCAUGGCGCACCGCAACACUUUCAGGUCGUUCGUGUUUGUAACAAUACUCGCCAUGUUUAUGCUAGAAUCGCCCAUAAGUGCGUUUACAGUGCGUCGCGUGACACACGUAACAGUAAAACCCGAACAUGACCUAGUCGAAGAGGAGAGCUCCUUGGUAAAUGUGAAAGAUGAAUCGUCAAAAACAAAUAUUAAAGUUAUCGAACUUCCAAACAUUUCGCUGGAGAAAAUUAUACCAGCGCAUACGACAGCUAAAGUGUACGAAAUUAAAGGUGAUUAUCCAGAAAAUGAAGACAAAGUCGAAUUAACUACAGCUUACAUUCUUUUGAAAACUGACGAUGGAUAUUUGAAAAUAACAGGCCUACCAGUAUACACGAGUGCUGCAAAAGAAGAGAUUUCAUCCACAUUAAAUGACGAAGUUACUUACGUGCCAGACGUGAAUGAAGAAAUUCUAAGGAAACGAAGACAGAAAAAUGAAGAUAACGUAACUGCUACGGUAACAAGCGACUUUACCACUGCUGAUGGCAACAGUGACUUUGUAUCAACGCAAACUUCAGGGACAGUGGAAGGUUCUUCAACAGCUAAUAUAAAAAGCAGAUUAACCGACAUUCUGUCAAGGGAAAUCACAACUAUUGAAUUACCUUCAGAAAUUGCUACGACUGAUACGGACUAUACAAGCGGUACACCUAUCAUUGAAUCAAGGUCUAUCAAUCAAUUUGAUUCUAGUACUACAAUGCAGUCUGUAUGGACGGAUUCGCUUACUGAAAAUGUCAAAACUAAUUCAAAUGUAAAUAAAUUAAUAAGUACACCUCCUGUUUUGCCUUUUGGGAGAAAAUAUACAACAAUUAACAGAAAACGCGAAGAAACUGUUACAGAUAGUACAACAGCCACUAAUUUCAAAGAGCUGCCUAGAGAAGAGACACCGCCUCGUUUUACUUUAGAGAAAGUAUUGAAUGAGACUACAAUAUCGUCUCUGGAAGCGUUUAAAAUAGAGCAGCCGUCAAAUUCUAAUACAUUCACAGGUAUUCCAACGGAAAUAGAUACUGCACCAACUGCUAGUAGUAUUUACAUAAGUGAAAGUGAUACACUAACUUCACCCUUAGAAACGAAGACAACCUUUCCGAGAAUACGGCAGUCGUCGUCUAAAAGAGCUGGUUUCUUAGAUUAUUCAGCAAAACCAAUUGCAGGGACAGACUUUCAAGAAGUGACAACAAUAGUAGAAAACUUUGAUCCCACCAGCAUAAGCAGCAGUGAUGAGAAUUUCAGAAAAUCAAUUGAAUUAGAAGUACCGAAUAUUGAUAGUGUAUUAGACAACAAGACAGAAAUAGAAACGCAAACUCAGUUGGCGGAGGACGCAAUGAAAGAAGAUCUUCUAAAGGAAGAUAUGCUUAGUGAUAACGGAAAGUAUGCUAAACGCAUUGAGGUUAAAAAUGCUGGCAAACAUGUCAUAGAUAUACCGAUAUUGCAAAAAUCGUCUCAAGAAACGGUGGACGACACAUUGAGUGUAAAACCCAUAGAAUAUGAAAAAGGAAAAUAUCCUGCUAAGUAUACAGUAAGUCCAAAUUACAAACCAUUGAAGAAAAUAGAAGUCCAGUCACAAAAGCCUAUCGUAAGAGAUCCUGAUGAUAAUAGUUGGAGAAAUGAAAGUAUCAGUAGCUUAGGCAUAGUUUUUAAGCCAAAAGCAGCUUCCAAAAACUAUACUGAGGUAUUGAAAAAUAAAACAGAAGCUUUAUUAAGCAGUUCCUUGAGUAGAGAAAAUAAGAAUGAUGUUCCUGAUUUAAAAGAACGCCUAGAAAAAAUCGCUGAAGUACGGAAAUCAAAGAAGAAGAAGGUUUUAGAUAAAUUUGGGGAACCCGUUUACAGCGAUUACGAAGACACUCUCUACUCUGUGGAAUCAUUAGGCACGAAUACGCCAACAUUGGAAACAACGUUUGCUUCUAUGCCUCCAACAAGAAAUGUUAUAAGAACUUUCCAGAGUAAACCGUUGCAUACUACACACGCCAGUGCCUUAGAUCAAUUAUAUAAUGACAAAGAUAAAGAAUUGAAUACCUUAACCACAGAGAAACCAAAGAUAUAUAAUACUAUCCAGGAAUACUACGAUACUACCGAUGAAUAUGAUUUUGAUUAUUUGAAUCUUCCUAAAAUAGAUUUGAAGAAAUAUACACCUCGUGUAUUCAAUAAGGAAACCCUAGUUACUACGUUACCGACGGCAGUGUCCACGAAACCGACCACGGGUUAUUUACCGGAAAGGAAACCUACCGUCCAGUAUUUCCCACCGCGCGUUACGCCGAAAGUUAACAAUAACGAUUACGACGGAGACUUCCAAAGGAAAGUGAAUUUAUACACAUAUAAGGAGCCCCCUAAGACUGCUGCUCCAAACACAUUCGCCACGACACCCUCUCCGUCUGUGCAGCACGAUAAAUAUGAACAGUUUAAUAAAAAGAACACGAUAAUACCAACAAAUUACAAUACGCGUCUACCAAAUCCAGCUAAUAUAGAAAAGAAUGUAUACUCGGCGAACAGUCAACGUAUAUCAGAACCACCGAUGCAAAACAACGGAUACACAGCGGACAAUGGGAAUUACGACAGAGGCUCCUAUGUCAUUAGACAUUAUAAAGACUUUAUAGAUGAAGCAGUGAGAGAUAACGAUUACGAUAAAAAUGCCGAAUAUGUUCCGUACCCACAAGCUCCUGUCAGAGGCGUGACCGUGAACGACUUGGGCAGAUUAAAGCAUAGGCCCAACGUGAACGAUGAGUUUGAUUACGAAACGCAGUUCCGAAAGGAUAUACUGAGUAGAUUUAUCGAUAAUUUCAACCAAAAUAACGAGCGGUUCAAGGUCGAUUUCCCGAUAUUGUUUAAUAACAGCGUGCUGCACAGGAAGGCGGACGAAAGCGGCAAGGUUCUAGCGACUUCGACCGCGUUCAUGAAGAGGCUGUACGGAGAGGGGAGCAUGGCUACGAAGCCAAACAAUUACAUGGUACGGGGGAGGCCUUGCGAGAAUUGCGACAAUAUUACCGUGGAAUUGUCGCCGGCGUACGAACUGCAUUAUUAUGUACCCGAGCAGGAAGAAAGGGAAGAGGCGGAACCACAGCCGGUCACUUUGGCAUAUCGUUAUACAUUAUGAAAGUAAUCGUUGUGGAAUUAGGAGCAAAUGAUAGUUGAGUCGACUUUAGGCCGUUAGAAAAUGUACCUCAGUUAUAAGUAUACAAAUGCUAAAGUCGAACAACUAUGGAAUUAUAUUGUGUGUAUGUACGUACAUACUUGUACGUUUGGGCGGUUUUUCACUAUUAGAAAAUGUGCUAUCGAUUUAUAAGUAGAUAUUAAGUUGUAAAUAUUUGUAGAUAAAUGGUAGUUUAAUUACUUUUUAGACUGCGUUUUAAGUAUGCAUUCAAAAUGGGUAUAUUUGUAGUCAUGCAUGGUAAUAGUAAAUGAUAUUCAUAUAAAAGUAUUUAUGAUUAUUAUGUAUAAGUAACGUAAUAAGAUAUAACUAAUUCAUUAUUUUCUCAUUAAGAAUUAUCACCGCAAUAUAUUGUGGCCCUCUGGAUUGAUAUUACGAAAGAGUGCUUAAUGGACCGGCCGUAUACGUACCACAGAGAACCGACACCGACUGAGAAAGUGGUAUAAAAAAGUUGUUAUAUUAUGCAGAUUUAUUGUGAAAUAUACGAUUAAAGAAAAAUAUAAAUAACGUGCAGUGGUCUAAAUAAAACAAGGGCCACAAAAUGACGAAAGAAAGAGAUACAUUUCUGUGUCUAUUGUCAUUUGCUCCUUAUUCAUAGAAACGUCAAACUUUUCACAAACACGUUUUAGAUUUCAUACUGUUUUCGUCUUUUCCUUUUACACUAAAUUCUCAAUUUGAAAGUAACAAAACAGUGUAACAGUUAAAAUAGGUAUAUUUUAGUUUUAACGAAUAAGAUGGUUGUUGGGCUGAGAUUUGUCGCUGGUUAGAUAGGUAAGUUACGACCAAAAUUAAUAGAAAUAAGUCCAUUUGCCAAAGAUAUGGUCGUUAACACCGUGACCGUCCAUGUUACCAAUGUGUGUUUGAAAUAUGUAAUUGAAUUUAAUAUAGUUUUGUAUUUUGGGAAUUCUGAUUUACUCUUUUUUAUAUUGU